AUGUCAACAAUCCUCCUUGUCGGCGUAUUUCUCUUCGCCGACGAAAAGAUACCUUUAUCUUCCGCGUUGAAAAAUGCACUAUAUUUUUCCACAAUCGCGUCCAGCGUGGUCACAUCAAUCCUCUACCCCCCCAGUUCUUUGACAAUUGUUGUCUAUGCCAAUGCGUUCUUCUCGAUCGCUUUCGCUCUUCGCGCUGUUGAACUGCUCGUCGUCAAUCAGCCUUGCCAGUUGAAACGACUGCAAAGAAUACAUGCGGGUUCUACUUCACCUCCGGUGUAUAUUUGGCGGCCCAUGCCACCAGUGUUGAGUUUCGCACGGCUCGUGUAUGUCUGCGAUCUGCUUCUCAACCCACGAGGUAUCGGCUGGGCGCACGGCUCAAGGAAGUACCUGCCGCGAUUGGAGGAACUGAACGUCAGGCCUGCAACUGAAAAUGAGAAUGGAUUUUUUUUGGAGAAAAGGGAACAUUUGGAGAACCCCAAAUUCAUUCUGAAAGAUCCGACCGAAAACCGGGUCAUGUUCCUAGCGAGAGAAACCUUAAAGCUCAUCAUCGCCUAUGUCGUCUACGACACCUACAGAACGUUCUUCGGGCGUAACUAUACUCAAUUCUGCGCUGGUUUCCAUUUUUUGCUGAAUUCAUCCAAGCUCCAUCAUGUCGUUAUACAGUAUCUAGGUCUUGAGAUCCGAACGUCUCCUGAAACAAGUGUGAAAUUUGUGCACCGGUUUCUCCUCCCCCCAGCGUGCUGGGCAGCCUGUUGGGCCUUCAUCGAUGGUAUCCGUGCCACCGUCGCCCUAUUCUCCGUGGGUGGGCUGUAUAUUGUUUCUCCAUCUCUAGCGGCAGACACUUGGAUGUACCCAGAUGUCUUCGGUUCAUUGCGAGAUUUGUUUCGCUUUCGACUAAAAGGUAACCAUACUCUUCAGCGAGGCUAUCAAAAGAAAACCCAAGCUCUAACAACUAGGAUAGACAUCUGGGGCAAACUUUGGCAUGAUCUCUGUCGGCGUGCGUUAAUUAGCAGUUCCACAGCUGUUGUUCCACUGCAGAUACCUCUUGCUCUGCGCAGAGCCCUGAUAGGAGUUUUCUCCUUCAUAAUAUCAGGCUUCGUACAUGCUGCUGGGACGUAUGCUGUUAAUAGGGACGCCCACGCCGUAUUCAUGAUGAUCGUCUUUUUCAUACUCCUACCCAUCUGUAUUGUUGUGCAAGAAUUGGUAUCAAGGCACGUCCUUGAACGAUAUAUCCCCAAUUGGUGGAUCGCGAGGGCUCUUUUUAGGGUUCUGGAUGCGGCGUUCGUUCUCUUGUGGGGCUACCAUACGGCGCCUUGGUUUUUCAGGUAUAGCAUGAUCCCAGAGUCGUUGGCAUCUAUUCCUAUACCUGAAACCUGGAGCAUUUGGUAG